AUGUCCUUAAGGGUGAACAGCGAUGGCCAGUCGCCCGCGACUUCCAACAUCUUUGCAUUCGGCAAGCACAGGGGGCGCACUUUUGAAGAUGUAGCGUUGUCUGAUGCCAGUUACUGCACGUGGGCAGUGAACAUGGAGAACCCUUCGGGGCAACUGAAGGAGUUCGCCAUGUUUUUGAAGAGAGUGCACAAGAAGACUCCCAAAGCAGCUCCGUCGGCGCCGUCGGCGCCGCCUGCACGCGCAUUUGCCACGCCCCAGAAAGGCCAGCUCCCGGCUGACGUCACUCUAGUGUGCGAGCUCAUUGCCACCGAUCAGUUUCUGGUGCGUCCAGACAGAGUCAGCAGCAAGGAAGCCGUAUUUGUGCCACCGCAUGUGUGGCAUACCCUGGGAGGACUGGAGGGUGCAUGCUUGACAGCUGACCGGCGUUUCUGGACUUAUCCGCUUCUGAAGUACAAGACUGUCGUUGCUGGUUUAGAGCAGCUUGGCAAAGUAGAGCACAUCCCGAGUUGGGUCCUGAACAUGCUACAGAAGUCCAGGCGCUCCGUGGGCGAUGAAGUCCAAGAGGCCCGACUACCACCACGAAUACUGGAGUACCAACUAGAAGGUGUAAGUUUCGGCAUGGAAAAGUGCGGGCGGGUGUUGAUCGCUGACGAGAUGGGCCUUGGAAAGACGCUUCAAGCGUUGGCCCUCGCGGCUCAGUAUCGGGAAGAUUGGCCCGUUCUGGUCGUUUGCCCCUCCUCCCUGCGGUGGUUGUGGAAGGAACAGGCGCUGCAAUGGCUCGACGUCUUACGCCCUUGCGAGGUGCAGGUGAUCAAGAAAGGCUCUGAGCAGCUGAACCCCGACUGCCGCAUGUGGAUCAUCUCAUACAAUCUUCUGGCGUCGGAUGCAAAUCGUGGGAAGUUCACUCAGCGCCCUGAUGGAAAGCCUCAUGGAAUGGUGAUUGCCGACGAGAGCCACAACAUCAAGGACUGGAGCGCAGCCCGCACCAAGACACUCGUGCCCUUGCUGCGCAGCGCAGCCCGAGCAGUGCUCCUCUCAGGCACCCCCACCAGGAAUUCGGCCGACGAGCUCCAUCCGCAGCUGUGCGGCUUGUUUCCCGACGCGGCGAAGUUUGCAGACUUCCGCGCAAGAUAUUGCAUCAUGCAGCAGCAGUCGCUUCCUGGUGGGCGGUCGGUGAGUCGAGUUGUGGGAGCUCGAUGUGCUGCAGAGCUGAACUUCCUCCUCACAUCCACGGUCAUGAUUCGAAGGCAGAAGAAGGAAGUCCUGUCGCAGCUGCCCGCGAAGCGUCGACAGCGAGUGCCGCUGGAUGUUGAUAGCAAGUUCUUGCGCGACGUCGGGCCCGAUUUGGAGAGCUUCAUUGGGGACGGUCCUUCAAAGUCGGAUGCCGCCAACGUCUUCAUGCAGAUUGCCAAGGCAAAGCUCAAAGCUGUGAAAGAGUACCUCUCCGAAGUGCUGGACCGUGUGGAUGACAAGGUCAUCAUUUUUGCACACCACAAGUUGAUGUUGGACGAAAUCUCGGAGCUUCUGAAGAAGCAGCUUCCACAGAUGGGCAUGGGGUUUGUCAGAAUCGAUGGCGGCGUUGCCCAGGCAAAACGUCCAGAGCUGGUAAAGCAGUUCCAGGAAGAUGCAAAUUGCCGGGUGGCUUUGCUUUCCAUCACUGCCUGCGGCGAAGGCGUGACGAUGACCGCGGCAAGCCUAGUGAUUUUUGCAGAGCUUUACUGGGUGCCAGGGGCAGUGGAGCAAGCAGAGGCCAGAGCCCAUCGGCUUGGCAGCACCCACAGCAAGGUGGUGGUGGAGUUCCUGGUUGCGCCAAACACGCCUGAUGAGCACAUCUACCAGAGCUUGGAACGCAAGAAGAAGGAUACGUCCUAUGUCUUGGAUGGCAUCGCCGAGUCCAUGAAUGUGGCACCCGCUCUGAUCGCACCCAAGAGGACGGUUGAGGAGAGCCAGAGCCAGGAGAGCCAGGAGAGUCCCGGCACCGAAGCGAAACGUGCAAAGACCGGCAAGACUGGCAAGACGCAAGAACCUGACCGGUCCAAGGUGGACGUGCUGCUGAAAGCCAUCCGCGAUGGCCAGAAGGCUCUCGGCCGUGUGGAGGACGAGACGGCCAGCGCGGACCCUCAAAUCCAAUCCCAAUGA